UGUGAUUGUAAAAGUGGAAUCGGAAAAAAAAUGUAACACUCGACAAUAACAUUAAAAUGGAUCGCUUUGAAUGGUGUGAUGGUUCUUUACAAACAUCAGAACAACUUGUAGAUCAACAGACUGGUGUAGCUAUUUAUGAUGGAAGUGAAAAAACAGCCUUUGAUUUUGGGGUCCUUAUGCUAACAACACAUCGCCUGUUAUGGAGAGACCAGAGAAACAGGAACUGUGUAAUCUGUUUGCCACUGUCGCUCAUCAUAAACACUGAAGAGCAGGCUUCUGGGUUCACAAAGAGGUUUGUUUUUCUUGGCUUUAGACUUAAAGAGAAAGAGAAGUAUGAAAACACUGUUUGCUUUAAGUUUCACAGAGCAUUGCAAGAAGUUCUUAAGCAAGCAAAAUGGGAAACUUCAGCUCCUGGUACAUCCACAAUGAACUCACAGAUGAAGCUACCUCAUAGCAGAGCAGGGAUAGUUGGGAUCGAACGGUCAUUGGAAAAGAAAAAUAUGGAAAUGAAUCGAAACAUCUCCAGAGCUUUUGAAGAUCUCAAUAGGCUCAUGGAGAAGGCAAAGGAAAUGGUUACUACAGCUAAAACUAUUGCUUCCAAAAUAAAGGAAAAACAAGGAGCUAUUACUGAAGAUGAGACAGUUAAAUUCAAGUCAUAUUUGCUGAGCAUGGGUAUCCCAAACCCUGUUACAAGAGAAACUCAUGGAACAGGUGACAAAUACUACACAGAACUUGCUCGACAAUUGGCCACAAUGUUAUCUAGGCCCAUAGAGGAAAGUGGUGGCAUGAUGACUCUGACAGAUGUGUACUGCAGGGUGAACAGGGCACGAGGCAUGGAGCUUUUGUCUCCAGAAGACCUUCUUCAUGCAUGUGAACUUAUGGAAUUGUUAGGACUUUCUGUCAAGCUAAGAACAUUUGACAGUGGUGUCAUGGUACUGCAGGCACAGAACCAGAAUGAAGAAGAACUAGUCAACACCACAAUGGCAUUGGUUUCUGAGCGCGAGUCAUUAUCUGCUGAAGAACUCUCCCAGUUAGUUGGUGUAUCUGUUUUACUGGCAAAAGAGAGACUUUUGCUAACAGAAAAAAUGGGUGGAGUUUGUCGUGAUGAGCACAUUGAGGGUCUGCGAUUCUAUCCUAACUUAUUUCUACACAUCAUGAGCUAGAUUUUGGUGAUGUUAGUCAUGUGUGCAUGUGUACCUCUUUGUUGUGUGACUGUCUUGCAUCCUUUUCCUCUCGGCCUCUCUCUGUGUGUGUAUAUAUAUAUAUACACACACAUGUAUAUGAAUUGAAAGAAAAGUACAAAAAUAUGGACCUGUGCGCUUUAAAUUCUAGAAACAGAUUAACUUUGACAGCAAUAAUUUUGUCUGACAGCAUGACUUUGCAUUUAAGUUUGUCUUGUAACUAGUUAGCUCUCAGGCAAAGAAUGGUGGCAAAUCUGCUUAUCAUGAAAGUCUUCAUUUCAAUUUCCUAGCAUACAGUUUCUGCCCCAUUAACAUCGACCAUCUAGUAUAUAAUUAUAGCUAUUUCUGAUGGUACUUAUAUGUAUUUUAUUAUAUGAACAUCAAUAGUAUACUUAAAAUGUGAAAAACAUAACAAUAAAACUUGAAGUACAAAA